AUGGAGUUGGUGAUCUUUACUGGAGCGGGCACAUCGAAGUCAUUUGCUUACCUACCUGGGCUGCAACAUGGACUCCGAGACUUCGAAGAGUCGGGUAAGCGUGGCACGCCGGCUCCCGAGUCCGACACUCGAGAUGGGUUUGUUCGCGAAGAAGACAGCCAAGACCAGUAUGGACCACCUAGCUUUGGCAGCUCCUACCUCGAUGAAGACUCCACGUCGGAGGGAAGCAGAGAGGGAAGCGACUCGAACGAACGAGCUCCGCGUUUGAAUGACAGCCGUUCUGAAGCUAGAGACGAUGCGGAACCACCCAAGCAGCGCUCAUUCAGCAAUGCCGUACCACCUGAAGAUAUUCCGAGCAAGUCAAAGCGCAAGAAGUUCACCAAUGCGGAUGAUGUCGCGUUGCUUCGGCAAGUCCAGGCGGAUAUGCCCUUUAAGGCAGCCAAGGGCGGGGUGAUGGCGAGUUGGGAUUCGCUCGCCAACAAUUUAAAGACGCUCAAAAAUUUCUCCAAGAAGGACACCAUCUCGGGGAAAUCUGCGCAGGCAAGAUUCAACACGCUCGUGAUUUCUUAUCGCAAGUUCGACAGGAAGUCAGAGGGCGCGUCGGACAUUGAUCAGCGCUACGCGGAGAAGAGACAACUGCUCGAUGACCUUGUUUCGCAGUUCGAUGAGCAUGAGCGAGAUGAAGCUCGUCGUACCCGAGAGCUGAAGGAUAAGCUCGCGGCAGAAGAGAACGCAGGCAAAGUUAUGCGAGACGCUGGCCUGAAGCGCAUGAAGGAGCGUAAAAAGAAGGCGAGGAUCAAGCUGAUGCGGACAAGAGUGCCAAGCGUUACAAGCCCAGCGUCAUCGACUUGA